UGUAGCGCCCGCUACAGUGGUGCGACGACGCUUAAACCGAGGGCCAGUUUGCUUAAAACCCUAUUAAAAAAAAAAAGUAAAAUCCAAGUAAUCAUCACGGAGAGUAAGAAACCAAGAAAAAAAUCACCACCGAUUUCCUAUUUUUUUAAUUUUUUUGUAGUGAGGUAAAUAAAACACAAUUGCACCUCGAGUUAUAACAGACUACCCGAGGAUACUCGUGCGCCUGUCAUAAUCCCCAGCAAUAAUCCAGUGUUCGAGAUGGCAGUGCAGGAUCCAAAGUGGCAAAAAGAUGCUGCGGACCAGAAUUUCGAUUACAUGUUCAAACUCCUGAUUAUCGGCAAUUCAUCAGUGGGAAAAACAUCGUUUUUAUUUCGUUAUGCUGACGACUCGUUCACGUCGGCGUUCGUUUCCACCGUCGGUAUUGACUUCAAAGUCAAAACUGUCUUCAGGCACGAUAAGAGAGUUAAACUUCAAAUAUGGGACACUGCCGGACAGGAGCGAUAUAGAACUAUUACGACAGCCUAUUACCGCGGUGCGAUGGGUUUUAUUUUAAUGUACGAUAUUACCAAUGAGGAAUCAUUCAACUCAGUUCAGGAUUGGAUCACGCAGAUUAAAACUUAUUCAUGGGAUAAUGCUCAAGUUAUUCUUGUUGGUAAUAAAUGUGACAUGGAGGAUGAACGGGUCAUAAGUUUUGAACGGGGUAAACAGUUGGCAGAGCAACUCAAUGUACAGUUCUUUGAGACAUCGGCGAAGGAGAACAUCAAUGUCAAGGCGGUGUUUGAACAGCUCGUCGACAUAAUCUGCGAUAAGAUGAGUGAAUCCUUAGAUAAUGAUCCAACUCUGAUGGCUGGUGGUGCAGGCCAGGCCAAGGGCCAAAAAUUAACCGAUCAACCGGCGAAUCCUGCUUCGACUAACUGUAAUUGCUAAAGAUGUUCCAAAAAAAGUAAAUGCAUAUAUCCGUGCAUUAUUAGAUGUGAAAAAAAUGUUUAAAAGGGAAAAAAAUUGAAGCGACACGCGAGCGAUCACAGAGAAUAGAUCGUAGCGUAUGCAUGUUGAUGAACCACCUGAUCAAACUAGUUUAUUCUACUCGGGUUUUGACAUUAUGUUUUUUCGUUGACAUUUCAACACUCUCCGACUAUUAAAAUCCAUGAUUAGGGACUCGAAUCACCGAAAUUCCUUUUUGUACGGAUUAUUUACCUGUUAUCACAUUUUUUUUACAUGAGAAAAAUAAUAUAACAAAUUGACGACUGCAUCGCGCAUUAAAACAAGUUGAUACCAAUGGGCAUAUCUUCUUUUUAAUUAUCUCCAAUUGUUUAAAUAGCGAAAAACCACGAAGUGGUGGAGCAAGUUUUAGUGCGAACGACAGCAAUAUAUCCAUUUCCACUUUGAAAAAAUCACCGAAUUAUUUCAAUGAUUUACCCACGUCAGAAUAAUUUAUCAUCGAGACACGACACUUGACAGCAAUUGAGACAGCUUCUCGGGAGUAAUGAUCUGUAAAAAAAUCCAAAGAUGUCAAUUAACUCCAGUAAUUAAUGAUAAAGCCUAAACCACGAGAAUUGUCGUGUGCAAAAAAACUUGAGCCACCUACUCCAAUUAGAACCAAAUAAAUGCCCUCUGUAUAUAUAUAAUUACAACUAUUAUUAUGAUUAAUUGUGUAACGAGGUGUAUUGUACGCGUUAAUAAUCUGUGUGAAUUUUAUGGGACCGAUUUUAGUGGCAAAAUCAGCAAUGAUUAGAUAUCAAUGAGAGUUGGUGCAUAAUAAAGUGAUUAAAAAAAAUGCUAUGAAAUUUUCUGCAUCACGAUUAUUACAGGAUUACCUAUGAUUAUAUUAUAUAAAUACACUAUGUAUGUUGAUGACCCGAUUGAACAUAAAAAAAAUCCAUUCCGAUCAUAAUAAUUAACUGCAGAGAGCACACCGGUGUAAAGAGGGCUAAUUGCCCGUGACGAUUAGAGAUAAUUAUUUAACCGGAGUACAUUCAUUCAAUAUUAUUCUGGUAAUUCAUGAAAUUACUUACUCGGAGGAAUUAUUGAAUGAUGGAGACGGUGAGAGAGAGUGAGUUUGGUGGUAGGACACGUGUAUGUAUGUAUUGUAUCGUAUGUAACUAUCAUGCCUAAUGUUAUUGAAAGACAAAACAAUAAUGUAUUACGAGAAAUAAAAAGGUAAAUAAUUUA